GCCUUAUUGGUAGCCCGCAAGGUGCAAAAAUGCACGAAGCGCCUAUGCAUAUCGGUGGGUUCCUAGGAGGCUAAGUUACAUGGCCACUGAAUUGGACGCCCACAGUACUGACUUACCCACAUGCCCACACUAGCUCAAGACAAAGACCUCAAGCAGUAUACUUACGUUUAUGUGCUGCAUCUAAGUUAUGCGAGCCGUUGGAUGUUACUGGUUUGGGCACGGGACUCGUAGCAAUCCGCGCAAUGGUCAACACAGAGAGCAAUCAGGAGCUUCGAAGGGAUGAAGGUCUUGUGGGCGUCUCACUUCGCUUUCUCAGCGACUUCGCCUCGAAGGUCCCACCUGACUACUCCACUGCCCAAAUCGUGGCCGAAUUUGUCAUACCGCAAUGUGCAGAUGCGAGUGCUGAUGGCGUAGUGCCGUACAAUUGUUUGCUUCCCACCAAGUACGUGGGCCGCGCACAGCAUUACGUCAUCCAUGCCUGGAACUGCUGCUUUCUUUCGGACUUGGUGGUACCGCUGCUGCAACACUUUGUAGGCGACUCCAGCACGGAUCCCGCCCUCCGCGCCGCCACGCUCUCCAAUACCUUCCUCUGGGUAGACUGCUUCUGCUGCCCCCAGCCACCUCAGCAACAUGCCUGCCCAGCCCCCACCACCUCCGUACCUGAAGCCAUCACCACCACCGCCGCCGCAUCUGCCUCUUCUACCAGCAGCGGCAGCAGCAGCGCAUCCCUGGCCAACCGACUUGCCGUCGUGGACUCGGCGUUACGGCAGUGCAGCUCCGUAUUACUUAUGCUGGAUGGAGGAGCAGUGACCCCGGCCGUGACGGCAGCUGAGGGAGCUGACAGCAGCAGGGGUAGCAGCAGCGGGGAGGUCAGUUGCGGUGGCGAGGGUGAGGUUGCGGACGGUGGCAGUGUCAGCAACAACGGUGCUGCUGCUGCUGAUGGCGGCGGCAGCAAUGGCAGCAAGAGCAGCAGCAGCUGCAGUGACAGCAGCAAUGGCGGGACCACUGGCUGCUGCGGCGCUGUUGGCGGCGCCGCGCUGUGCCGCAGCUGGUGUCUGUACGAGGUGGCGAGGGCGCUGCAGCUGAAGGGGGGCUCCGCUGCACUGCAUGUGCCGGUGUUCGAGUUCCCGCUGGACGCCGUGUAUGAGAGGCUGAAGCACCUGGACGUUGCCGCCUCCCGGGCGCACAGCCCCCAGGACCGGCGGGGGCUGCUGGCGGCGCUGGCAGAGCAGUUCGCGGGGGCGGCAGCGGGGGCGGCAGCAGCGGCGGCGGAAAGGAUACCAACUACUGCUGCUGGUGGCGGUGGUGGUGGUCGUCAUGGUUCUGGUGAGGAUGCCACCGGAGCAGCAGCAACAGAGCCGCCACCAGCUGAGCCCAAGGAGAAAGGGGAAGCAGUGGCGGCAGUAGCGGUGGUGGUGUCUCCACUGCUGGCAGCGGGGCCUCUGGGGGCUGCGUCGCGGGCUAUCUCCGCCGGAAUACAGGACUCCUUCAUCGGAGAGGCCCAGCAGCUCAUCCGCUGCGGCCUGCGCUCCGGUCCGUGCUACCUGGCAGCGCUGCGCAGGGCGGCGGAGGGGCUGAGGCUGGGCGGGGCGGCGGAGGGCCUGGCAGAGGCCAUGGCACUAGCGGCGGUUAAGGAGCACCGGCGGUUGCUGGGAGAGGCCUCCGCGUCCACCCUGGCAGCGCUCUGCAACCUGGCACUGCUGCGGCGGCGGCAGGGGCGGCGCGGGGAGGCGGAGCAGCUCAUGCGGCAGGUGUUGGAGGGGCGGAGGGCGGUGCUGGGCGGAGGGCACCCCGAUACGGCCGCCGCCUGCGCCCUGCUGGCCUCGAUGCUAGGGGAGGAGGAGGGGCAGGGGGAGGGGCUGGGGCAGCAGCAGGAUCGACUGGAGGAGGCAGUUGAGUUGUGGCGGGAGGCGCUUCACACCCGCCGGCGGACCCUGGGUGAGCGGCACCCGGACGCCGUCCUGGCGCGGCGGCAGCUGGCGGGGGCACAGCGGGCGCUGGGGCGGCUGGGGGAGGCGGAGGAGGCGCUGCUGACCAGGUCAUCGAGCGACGUGACAGCUCGCCCUCCUGACGAGCUCUACUCGCAAACAUCUACUUCUACAAGACAUAAUAGCCUGUACACGCUUUGCGACCCAAACAACGGUCAAACGUCAAGUACGCAUCAACACCUGGAGGUUUCACAUGCUUCCUUCACAUCGGCGACGCUCGCACCUGGCCACACGGAUACAGCCAUUUCUAGUGGAGCUUCGGUCUUUAACUCGGAGGAGAUGGUGGGGCCUGCGGACGAGGCCAGGGAAGCUGCCCGACUAGUAUCCUCCGGACACCCACGCUCCCCUCCGCACGAGGGUCCAUCCGAGGCGCACCCUCAACGGCUGCAAUCGCAACAGCCACCGCCACUUCAGCAACACCACCAUCACCACCAGCAGCAGUCGCAAACAGCUUCGUCGCUGCAUCGGACACCAAGGAUUUCAAAAUCGCAGCAGCAGCGGGCUGCUAUCAGUAACGGCCCUUCUUCUCCUCCAGAUGCUGCUACCGUUGCUGCCACUCCUCAGCCUGCUGCUGCUACUGCCGCAGGGGUGUCUGCUGCUACUGCUACUGCCGGAGCAGCCCAGUUGUUGCCAGGUCGACCGCCCCUACCGCCGCGGCCGCAAGCACCAGAGCAGCAGCAGCGGCAACAACAACAACAGCAGCGGCAGCAACGGGAACACGAACCGCAGGAACGGCGGUCGGAUGCACUGGAUCAGCAGCUGAAGCAGCAGCUGAAGCUGAAGCUGCCGCCGAUGCCCGCGGCGGCCUCACCACAGCAGCAGCACUUGCAGCGACAGAACUCGUUGAACAAACAGCAACAGCAGCAGCAACAACAAGGACUCGAGGAGGGCGCCCACAUGUCACCCAGAAAGGCGACGGAGGAGGAUGAGGCCGCUGCGACUCCAAGAAGCCAGCAAUCCGAUCCACUAGGACGCUCCCCUCGGAAACUGUCCCUCGGGAACCGCCGCGCCUCAGGCACCCCACCCGCGUACCCCAUAGCACCACCCAUCGCUGCGGCCAUGGCGGGCCUGGCAGCAGCCGCAGCGGCGCUGCCGCCUCUGCAAGUCCCGCCGCCACCCGCCCCCGCCUCCUUACCGCAAUCCGGACUUGUGCUGCCCAUGCAGCACGAACCCCCUGCACCGCAACCCCUUCCUGCUGCUACUGCUACUGCUGAACCUGCUGCUGCCGCACGUCAGGCCUCCCCGGUGCCCCUGCCAGCUGCCCGGAGCGAGGUUCCCCGGCCGCCGUCGCGCAACGUUGCCAUCGUGUGCGCUCGGCGGCUGUUGCUGCGGGCUAGUGGCGGUGGCAGCGCCCCGGCUUGCGGUAGCAAAGGGGGAGUGAUGUCGGAUCAGGGAGCAGGCAGCAGGGAGCGCUCCUUCCCCUCGAUCUCCCGUUCCAUCAGUUGCAGCGGUGAUGCGGCAAUGCCGUGCGCUACUCUUCGUAACUCAUUUGGAUCGGAGCCUUCCGAGUUCGGAUUCCGCGGUCAGGCUUCUUCUGGCCUCGGCUCGGAGCCGUCCGCACCAGCCGCUGUGCUCUCCUGCAGCAACCAUGUCUCACGCGAGUCAUCGGCUUACACGCUGACCCCGCGCCUGCAUGCGCGCCCCAGGCCAGAUACGGCGCUGUCCGCCAACAGCACGGCCUCGGCCGUCGCCCACAUCACCCCGCGGGCUGAGGAUUCCACGGACCCGCAGCCGGACCUGCUAGGCAGCGCGCUAUCGCAGCUAAGGCUGAUGAAGGCUCGCGUCAACGUGAUGCGGAGCGGCGCCGAGGCACGUGCAGUGCUGCAGCUCAAACUGCAGUACAUCCGGAGGACAGUCGAGCAAGCCCUGGUGGCAGCGGGCGGUGUGCCGCCGUCCCCGCGCACGGUUCAAGGCCCCGUGCAAGGCACUCUACAGACCCCGCCGUUGCCGCCAUCACGCAGUGCGGCCGGGCCGACCCAGCGCCGGCCCGUGCGGCGUACUGUAAGCGGCAGCUCGAGACCCACGGGUCAAGCCCCGCAGAUGCAAUGGUACAGCACAUCUGGCCAGGCGUCGGCUGAAGGGGUGCUGAACAGUGGACGGCUUACAGGGUGUGAAGGAGGCGUCACGGCUCUGAUGUCGGAGCUGAGUGACCUGCGGCUGCUGCUGCUGACCACCACCAACACUCUUAGCGCCGCACAUGGGGACAUACACCAAGAGCUGCUGCCGCUGCAGGCGCUGGGUACCGAGUUGGCAGACCUGCAGCGCAAGCUCGUAACCAGCGUGGGGCCUGCCGCGGCGCUCAGUCUCCAGGCGUCUUACCUAUCGUCCGGCAACCCACUUUGCCCCUCAAGCCCAGAGCACAGCCCGUUGUCGAGCGGUGCCACGACCCCCGACGGCAGAUCCCGUGACCCGCUGGGACGCCAAUUGCGUAGUGCAAUUGGUCCAUGAGAGCGGGUUAUCCAUUCACCCGUCUAUACCCGAGGGGACUGCUACAUCCCUGGCAUGGUUUGCACUGACGGGCUUUCAACAGCAACGUGACGAUUAGGCAUACUUCAUCACCAUGCGGACCGAGCAACAGCCGACAACGUACACUCCCGUGCAAAGCGAAUCCUUAGGCAACUCCAUGUGACAGCUUGCGGACCGGUCUCUUCGUUGUUUCAUGACAUCAUAGCCAGGGCUUGUGAUGCACCCACCAUAAGGUCGAGUCCACGCUGGGGCAAUGGCAGCGCAUCGCACGUGAAUUAAAGUGUGCCGGCUGCUUGCAUGCUUAGCCCAUAUGCUUCGGCUCAUCGGUGUAUUUGCCGUGUGCAUCACGACGGCCGCGUUGGGCUAGUUCGUUACUUAGUUGGACGUACGAUGCUGAAACAGGCAUUACGACGCUUACCUUGUUGGGCUACCGGUAGCUGCCUAACUCGUUGUACUGUCAAGAAUACGUUUGCCUAUACGAUAUUUUAUCCUGGUGCUAGCUAUUGGCAUAGGUGACCAACUUACAUUUGUGCAGGCUUGCUGCCUUUGCGGUUAGUGGGGUGUAUACGUGUGCCCUUACCACUGCAUGGUCCUGAACUGCGUAGAAGUGCCGCCGCAGGUACAUACUUACCAACGUUCUUACCCGACAAGUCACACGACGUGCUUCCUCGCCAUGCUAC